AAUAGUGAUCUACGCUGACGGCACUGAUUGAUUUCUUUUACUUUGCCAUCAGAACAAGUCUUUUAAUUUCGUUACACAUACUUGGUCAGGCAUACUGGCUGUAAUCGUUUAAUAUAAUUCAACCAUUUUAUUAAAGUGAAGCAUCGAUUUUCGUCAUAAUUGUGCACAUAUUUAGCAGCUAAACGAAUUCGAAAUGGAGGAUGAUCUACCAUCUAAAUAUGAAGUGAUCGUAAUUGGCACUGGAAUGACAGAGUCUAUUAUUGCUGCUGCAGCUAGUCGCAUUGGAAAACGUGUACUACAUUUAGAUAGAAAUGAUUACUAUGGUGGUAUGUGGGCUUCAUUUACUUUUGAAGCCCUUCAGAAAUGGCUAGAAGAAUGUCGUAAUGGAAAAACAAGUAAUAAUGUCAAAGAAUCCACAUCCUUAACGCAAGGAAGUGAAAAGGCUGUAUCUAUUGGCAAUCAGUUUUCUACUGUAUUUAAUAUCGAAGAGAAAUGGUUCAUUCCUGAAAAACUUCCAUCAAGUGGCAACUUACAGAGUGAAAAAGUCACUCAAACAGAAGAAAGUCCCAAAGACAAUAAAUAUGGACAAACUGAACCCGAAACUACAAUAAAACAAAACGAUAAAUUAUGGUGCCAAGCCAAAGUUAAGAGUUUGGGCCGUAAAUUUAAUAUGGAUUUAGCACCUAAACUUCUAUUUUCUCGUGGUACAUUAGUAGAGCUACUUAUUUCUUCAAAUAUAUCUCGCUAUGCAGAAUUCCGUUGUGUUAAUCGUAUUUUAACCUGGCAAGGAAAUAAAUUGGAAACAGUCCCAUGUUCUCGUGCUGAUGUUUUUGCUACAAAAAAUGUAGGACUUAUUGAAAAACGUCAACUUAUGCAACUUUUAACAUUGUGUGUAGAAUAUAAACCAGAAAGUAAUGAGUUCAAAGGAUUCGAAGACAAAACACUAAAAGAAUAUUUAGAAAGUAAAAGCUUAACUGAAAACUUAAUGCAUUAUGUUUUAUAUGCUAUUGCAAUGUCUAAUGAUACAACGCCAUGUAUGGUUGGAGUUGAGAGAACCCAACGGUUUUUGAGUAGCCUCGGCCGUUACGGCAAUACACCAUUCUUAUGGCCUAUGUAUGGUACUGGCGAAUUACCUCAGUGCUUUUGUAGAUUAUGUGCCGUUUUUGGUGGUGUUUAUCAUCUCAAACGAGCAGCUAAUAGCGUUAUUGUCGAAGAUGAUCAGUGCAAAGCAAUUAUAUCCGAUGGAUCAAGGCUCGAUUGUGACCAUCUUGUUUUGGGUGUGGCUGAUGCGCCUCCUGAGUUCUUAGGCUCGGCACCAAAAGCUGGGCUAUCUAGAGGCAUAUUCAUCAUUGAUAGAUCGAUAUCUGUCACUGACAAAGAAUCUUUAACAUUGUUACAAUUUCCCAUUAAGGGAAAAGAACCAAUAACGAUAAUCGAAGCUGGGCCAUCGACCCACGUCUGCCCUCCAGGAUUAUAUCUAUUGCACAUGACAGCAAAACAAAUUGAUAACGCUGUCAAUGAUUUAAAGCCAGCCGUUGAAGCUUUAUUACACUCAGACUUUGCUGACGGAAUAAAUGCUAGGAUUAAUACUGAUACUCAGUCUACACAAACUCUAAAAGAGGGUGAUUCUAUAGAUUCAAAGAUAAAAUCUAGUGAUGAAGCUAAAGCCUUGAAACCACAACUGUUGUAUGCAUUAUAUUUCAAUUGUCCGGAAACAUCUGAAUAUGACCUAUCACGCAAUGUUCCGAAGAAUGUUCAUCUGUGUUCGGGCCCCGAUUUAGAAAUUGAUUAUGAAUUUGCUGUUAACCAAGCAAAGACCAUUUUUUCGAGAAUGUACCCUGACUCUGAAUUCUUGCCUCGAGCACCUGAUCCAGAAGAGUUAUCCCUUGAAGUUGAUGAAGCAGCUGGACCUCCUUUCCAGGGUUCCGAAGAAUCUAAAGAAGAAUAAUUUCAAUUCCAUUGAAUCCAUAAUAUAGCUAUUGGGCCCGUUUCACGCCUAUUGCACAUCAAUAUUAAGACUCGUAUUACUUUAGAACUGAUGAGCCGUGCGUGUGGAUGUACGUUUAAAAAAGAAAAUACGCCUAGAUGUUUAAUUUUAUAUUUGAACAACAUAUUUUCAUACACCACAAUCUUGAAACAGGCCUAAUAAUUAUUUUAUUUUUCCUAAUUUUAAAUUGUAAGGUAAUCAUUAGUAGCAUUUUAUAUUUCUUUAUAGUUUUAUAAUCUAUUCCGUGUCCAAAUAUAAAAGACAUUUCUUACAUUUCUUAGGUUUUUUUUUUUUUCUAAA